GAGGAAAGGGAAGAUUAGGCGAAGAGAGACGAACGACUGCAUCUGCUAGUCCACCACCGACUUGUUGCCGCAUCCGGUGUGCACGCCGAUCUUCUAUAAAGACUCACGACGCGACUCAGAGCUUUCAAUAUCCACCCGCGACCCCGGAGGAAUAACCAUAGUCCACUCAUUCUUCACCGCAGCCUCAUACCGGAAGCAGAUUAGCCUCCAUUUCUGUUAUCUGCAGCCAAAGGAGUCAUGGCCGGGUCUGUGGCGACCCUGGCUGUCCUAUGGAUAUCACUUCAAGGGAUGGGCUUCGUCGCUCAACCGAGCACGAUAGACGCUUCGAGACUGCAGACUUCCAUGCAAAACUACCUCACAUUCUCUUCCGGCUUUCCAUCACUCACGCAUCGAGAUGUACCGAAGACGAACUCUCGGACGUUCCUUGGCGGCAGUUCGUUUCCGGUUAUCAGUUCCGAGGCGAUCAAUUCGUCGAUUCAUUUCGCGGAGAUGCUCGUCGACCAAUUGGCUAGACUUGAGACGAACAUCGUCGGCGCUGGGAUAUCCUUUUCAAACGGUUCUCCGACCCAAGGUCAGUACGCUCAUUGGUACCCGACCAUCGAAGCUCAUAAGAAAAGCGUCAGCGCCCUGGUCGUUGUCAAGGCGUCGUCUUAUCUCGCCCAGAUCAACUGCCAUAGGUCUGGAUACAGGAAUACUAAGUGUGCGCAGUUCAUAUCUACCUUGAAAAUGGAGGACUCGGUUAUCGGCAGGAACUGCGCCAAUGAUCACAGAGUUCAUUGCGACAAUGCAUCGAGGUACAGGACGAUCGAUGGUACCUGCAACAAUUUGGGAAAUCCCAGAUGGGGAAGCGCUAUGACCGCCUAUUCAAGGAUCCUUUUUCCAAGCUACGCUGAUGGUAUCCAAGCACCAAGAUGCCCCGAGCGUCGAGGAAAGAAAUUGCCCAAUCCAAGAUCCGUCAGCACGUCAAUCUCGCCAAGCAACAACCAGGAGACUGAUUCUGCGAAAACGCUCGCCGUUAUGCAGUGGACUCAGUUUGUCGCCCACGACGUUUCCCACACCCCGAUGCGCAAGAUGGUAACAAACAACAAACCCAUAACCUGCUGCCGGUCCAAUGGGUUCGUACUGGCACCACGUCACAUGCAUCCCGACUGCUCGCCCAUUUCCAUACCCGACGACGAUCCCGUUUAUGGCAAGGAACGCAUCCGGUGCAUGAAUUACGUCCGUUCAAUGCCGGCCGUCAGACCAGAUUGCAGCUUUGGACCGAUCGAGCAGGUGAAUCAAGUGACCCACUUCUUGGACGCAUCAACGGUUUACGGUUCCACCAUGAAAACCGCGAGGGAACUCCGCACUUUCAGUAACGGGCUUCUUCGAGUCAGUAUCAAAAACGGAAGCGAAUAUUUACCCACCGCUGUUUCGGAGCCCGCUUCUUUGUGCCGCGACAACGACUGCUAUGCGGCAGGUGACUUCCGGGUCAACCACGUACCUCACCUGGCAGUGAUGCACACGAUUUGGCUUCGCGAGCACAACAGAAUCGCCAGGGAAUUGGCGAGGCUGAACCCGGUUUGGUCCGACGAGAUUCUAUUUCAGGAGGCUCGUCGCGUUGUCAUCGCCGAAAUUCAGCACAUCACUUACAACGAAUGGCUGCCGGUAAUCCUUGGAACUAAUCAGACGCGAUACGGACACCUGUUUCCCGUGAAUGCAAACAGUGCUUCACAGCUCUACGAUAGUCGAGAAGAUCCAUCCGUUACUAACGAGGCUGCGACAGCUGCUUUCCGGUUCAUGAAUUCCCUGGUCCAGGGUAAACUGCGAAUGCACGACGAGACUCGCAGUGUUACUGGUACCCUGAAGCUGCACGAGCACUUCGGCAAGUCAAGAGUCAUUGAGGAUGCUGGUUUUCUGGACAGUCUGAUUCGUGGACUAACAACCCAGAGUUCCCAGAAAAUGGAUGCCGAACUUGUAUCAGACAUGACCCACCAACUGCACAAAACGCUCGGCAACCUCGGUUUGGAUUCGAUAAGUCUGGAUAUCCAACGAGGUCGAGACCACGGAAUUCCUGGCUAUAAUCACUACCGCAAACACUGUGGCCUCUCAAUGGCGUCGACUUUUGACGAAUUCCUUGACACGAUACCAAUAGAGGUGGUCGGAAAGCUUAGUAUGCUGUACAACCACCCUAACGACGUCGACCUCGUCGUCGGCGGCAUGGCGGAGCGACCAAGUCAUGGUGGUCUUUUGGGACCAACGUUCAGCUGCCUCAUUUCCGAGCAAUUCGACACUCUUCGUCGGGCCGAUCGGUUCUUCUACAACUCGGCGUCUCAGCCUCGUCCGUUCACCGGAGACCAAUUACACGCUCUUCGGAAUGUUUCCUUGGCUCGUAUAUUCUGCGAAAAUGGUGACAACAUCACCAGCAUGCAGCCCCACGUUUUCCUCAAGCUUCAUCUUGGAAACGAGCUAGCGCCAUGCGAUGAUUACGAAGCCAUUCCAACCGUCGACCUAUUUGCCUGGGCCGAGAAGGCUAAGGCUUACCGUUGAAUGUCUAGCUGAUUGACUGGUCACAAUAUCUGGAUGGGGCGCCCUGGGGGGGUUUUCGGAAUGCGUUCCCGCUGGAGGGGCAUUCCUAUAAUGAAAAUCGAGCAAUUGAUCCCGCGUCAGGAAGACGGAGUCGCUUUUAUCUGACGCGUGCUCCGGGGCGCCGUGUGCAGUGGAGGUGUGUCUGAAAUGAUUAUCAUCACACGAGCUGCGAUCACGGCUGAGAUCAAGAAGAAAGUAAUUAGCCGAUGAAGAUGAUGAAAAAUACGUGACUAGUCGAUCGAUUAGCAAUCCGAGGGGAUUCUCUUAUCGUCUCGAUCUCCAGAGGACCAAAAACGACAACGUGUACGAUACGUACUUCGGUGAUACAAAAGAAGGAAGAAAUCUAUUGUUUGUUUGUUUGUUUGUUUGUUUGUUUUUUUCUUUCGUUCGUUUUUAAUCUCUAUUUUUUGCUUCUGUACUCCUAAACGAAGUACGCCCUACGUUCUUAUGUAGGUGUUGCCUAAAUUAGAUACGGAGGAUAGAUCGAAUAUCGUUUUAUUUUUAUUUUCUAUACCAUAAUUCAGAAUUCGGGUUGUAGUCUUAAGAAUUU